UUCUACGUCGAUGUCGGGCGAAGGAGAAUUCGCGAUCCCGUUUCGUCGUGCGUUUCGUCGUCGUCGCGCGCGACGGAGCGCGAUUGCUGCGCGAUGAAACGCGAGCACGGUGAAACUCGAAGCUGGAGGAGAUCACAGGACAUUCGCAGCUGGAUCAGAAUUCCGUUUCGCAUCAGGCAUAAAUUUUGCAAAUGCAAAUUCCUGAGUCAGCCAUCAGUCUUGGGCUCAAGAAGAUCGCUUUCCACGCUCAAGAACGCUACAUCGGUGGAUGCCUGCGACAAUAACGAAACAAAGUUGUGGGAUCCGUUUCGCUCGAUUCUCAAUCAAUGGAGGACGGCAAGGAGCGAAUUCUGUUGGAUAGAAGUUCGUGCACCGCGCGACCAUCAAAACAGGAUUCGAACAAAUCAGCUUCCACCUCUCAAUGCCAGAGUGAAUUUUGGAGUUCGCUGCAACAGACCGCGUCCAACGAUAGCGCGAGAGACGGCGAUGAGCUUUCAAAAGAGGAACCUAGCGAACAUCUCGAGACUCUGAAAUUCGCGUUUCCGAAGAAGGUCAAGGCUCGUGGAAGAAGAAAAGCGAACGCCAGCAAGCGUAGAGUCACGUUCGCUGAUCAUUAAACUCGUUCGCGCGACGAGCAUUGCGUUACAUUACAUUAAAAACUGCAGCAAAUGCAAAUAUUGUAUUACACACAUUCGACCGACGUCCGAUCGGAUUUUUCUACGUAAUAAGAUUUUUCGAUUUCAAAGGCGCGAGUACGGAUGAUGCGGUUUUAUCGUCAGAAAAUUCUGUAACUGAUAUUUGUUAACGAUACUCUCGAUCAUUAAAGAAACGAUACGAAAUUA